AAACUGGGGCGCGCGGGUUGGAGGCGCUUCAGCACCGCGGCCAGCGCCCACUGCAGCCCAACCCACUCUCUUGAGCUCCCGGACUCCUAGCUCUGAGAAUGCCUGCGGAAUGAUCGCCCCCCAGGGCGGCUGCCGCCGCUGCCGCUGCUGCUGUUAUUGCUACUGCUGCUGCCGCCGCCUCUGCUUCCACUCUGCUCUGACUGGCACGCAGAAAGUGCAACUGACGAGGGAAAGGUCUCUGCAGUGAGUGGAGUGCCUACAUAAAAGAGAGUAAAGAGGUGCAAAAACCCAGAUCAGAAUGCAGGCGACGUCCAACCUUCUCAACCUCCUGCUGCUGUCUUUGCUUGCCGGAUUAGAUCCUUCCAAGACUCAGAUUAGUCCUAAAGAAGGGUGGCAGGUGUACAGCUCAGCUCAGGAUCCUGAUGGGCGGUGCAUUUGCACAGUUGUUGCUCCAGAACAAAACCUGUGUUCUCGGGAUGCCAAAAGCAGGCAACUUCGCCAACUACUGGAAAAGGUUCAGAACAUGUCCCAGUCUAUUGAAGUCUUAAACUUGAGAACUCAGAGAGAUUUCCAAUAUGUUUUAAAAAUGGAAACCCAAAUGAAAGGGCUGAAGGCAAAGUUUCGGCAGAUUGAAGAUGAUCGAAAGACACUUAUGACCAAGCAUUUUCAGGAGCUGAAAGAGAAAAUGGAUGAGCUCCUGCCUUUGAUCCCCGUGCUGGAACAGUACAAAACAGAUGCUAAGUUAAUCACCCAGUUCAAGGAGGAAAUACGGAAUCUGUCGGCUGUCCUCACUGGAAUUCAGGAGGAAAUUGGUGCCUAUGACUACGAGGAACUACACCAAAGAGUGCUGAGCUUGGAAACAAGACUUCGUGACUGCAUGAAAAAGCUAACAUGUGGCAAAUUGAUGAAAAUCACAGGCCCAGUUACAGUCAAGACAUCUGGAACCCGAUUUGGUGCUUGGAUGACAGACCCUUUAGCAUCUGAAAAAAACAACAGAGUCUGGUACAUGGACAGUUAUACUAACAAUAAAAUUGUUCGUGAAUACAAAUCAAUUGCAGACUUUGUCAGUGGGGCUGAAUCAAGGACAUACAACCUUCCUUUCAAGUGGGCAGGAACUAACCAUGUUGUCUACAAUGGCUCACUCUAUUUUAACAAGUAUCAGAGUAAUAUCAUCAUCAAAUACAGCUUUGAUAUGGGGAGAGUGCUUGCCCAACGAAGUCUGGAGUAUGCUGGUUUUCAUAAUGUUUACCCCUACACAUGGGGUGGAUUCUCUGACAUCGACCUAAUGGCUGAUGAAAUCGGGCUGUGGGCUGUGUAUGCAACUAACCAGAAUGCAGGCAAUAUUGUCAUCAGCCAACUUAACCAAGAUACCUUGGAGGUGAUGAAGAGCUGGAGCACUGGCUACCCCAAGAGAAGUGCAGGGGAAUCUUUCAUGAUCUGUGGGACACUGUAUGUCACCAACUCCCACUUAACUGGAGCCAAGGUGUAUUAUUCCUAUUCCACCAAAACCUCCACAUAUGAGUACACAGACAUUCCCUUCCAUAACCAAUACUUUCACAUAUCCAUGCUUGACUACAAUGCAAGAGAUCGAGCUCUCUAUGCCUGGAACAAUGGCCACCAGGUCCUGUUCAAUGUCACCCUUUUCCAUAUCAUCAAGACAGAGGAUGACACAUAGGCAAAUGUGAUAUGUUUUCAUUGAUCUAAACAGUGUAAUUUGUGAUAAACUCUAUAGGACCCCUUCUGUUUUUUUCUUCACUAUUGUUUUCAUCAUUUCUCCAAAGCAAAGCAUUUUUAUUGUAAAGUUGGUGUUUCAAAAAAAUAGCUGAGCUUGUCUAACUUACCAUGUUGGAAACACAUCUUAACUUCUAAAUUUACAAGGCCUAUCAUGUCCUUGUUGUGAAAAGCACUAAAAAAAAAAGAGUUUAAGUGGCUAAAGUCAUAGUUUUGCAAGAGAUUAAUGAUCUGCCUUAUGUUAGAGUCAGAGACUAAUGGUGGCUUAAAUGCAUGAAUGUCUUUUUUUUUUUAAAACUGUCAUUUUUUACUGUCUUUUGCUCCAUAUCAGGAAAUAUUUUGGUAGGAAUUAGAAGAACAAAAAGCACUUUUAUCCCAUUUAUUUCUUUAAAAAAUGUAAGGAUUUCAUUUUAUUGAAAAAUAAUAUUAAUCAUUUUGCUGUUAACACAACUCUCUGAUGCGGUGCUGUACAGUCAUUUUUAAAUCUCUUGCUAACAUUUUAUUGGCAGUAUGUAUUUCUACCAUUGUAACCACCAUUGUGCUAUUGUAUCUCUUCACUUCCGUGAAAGUAAUAUUUUUUAUAAAAUACACUGAAAUUUAAUCUCAGUAAUCGAGUCCAUUUUCAAGUGUGGUCAAGAAUAAUCUUCUUGGCUUACCCCUUUACAUAAGCAUUAUAAACUAAAAUGAAAACCAAACCAGACACCUUACAUAGAGUCUUUAUUUUACCCCAAGUUUAUUGGGCCACUGACAUUGAAUGCAACAACUGAUUUCGUACAAUUGAGUUACUCUGUUCACUCCACUGAUGCAACCCAUAUAGUUUCUUGCACAAGGUGCAUCAUGAUUCCAAAUAUUGGAUUUGAGUUGACUCUACUCAUUUAUUAUACACUAAAGAAAUUUUGUUCUUCAUAGUUAAAUGUACUAGCAUUUAAUUUAUAUUUCACAUACAACUUGCAAUAAUGAAAUUCCUUAUGUCAGGACCCUGAAAAUAAGCACAUUUGAAAACUCUUAGAAAGAAAAAUUUCUGUAAUGUCCUCUAGAUUUAGAUUAUGAGCCCUGAGGAGUUAUUGGCAAGAUUUGUGUAAAAUAAAAUAUGGAGAGACUUGGGAGUUGUCUUUUUGGUUUCAAAAGUGUAAAUAACCAAUUCAGAAAACAAAAUGGAAAAACAACCCCUUGUUACCUUGAUUCACUGUAUGUGGAAAAAUAAUGUAACCAAAAGGGAAGAGCUUUAAUAAUACUUAUGUUAAUAACUCUACAAAGCUAUAAUCUAACUAUAUAUCAAACAUUUCAUUGAGUUUGAAUGUAUUUUCCACAUAUUAAAAAAAUAGUUCCCUAAGGCAGCUUUAUGGAAACUAAUAUGGGUUGGUUUUACAAUUUAAAAAGUAUAUUCUAUAAUAAAUAAUAAAACAAAUUGUUUUAAAUGUUUAGUUUCACACAUAUAUAGUACCACGAUUUUCUUUGAAAGAUAAGGAUGUAACGAUUUAGAUAAAGCAUCAUGUAAAGAAAUCCUAAUAUUUAAGUGUAAUUCAUUUCAAAUGUCACAAGUAAAGCAUCAUCCUCAAAUAUCUCACUGUCAAAAUUGUGGAAUUAAAUAACCCAAUCUUGAAACUGUCAAA